CACUACUCAUUGUUUUUAACAAAUUUAGCACUUUUUUGGGGUCAAUCCUUUCCUAUCAUGCCCUUUAACCUUUUUUUCUUUUUCUCAUUAAAAACUACGGCACUCCCUAGGCCGCACAUACUCUUCUUGCGCUCGGCCGCACGUUCUCCUUCAGUCGUCCGCCAUCAUGCGUCCUCAGGCCUUCUCCCACGAUUCCUGGGUCGAUCAGCAGCGGCAAUCAUCAGGGAGGCAUGGAGCCAUACACUCCAGCAGGGUAGAUGAAGCUCCUGGCCUCAUCGCGAACUAUAAAUUUCAAUUUCAUAGUUCUCCCGUUAUGGAUUCCUGCAUCCAGGCCUUGUACUGUCAAUCCAGUCUCAAAUCAAAGUUGAGCUGUAGCGUAGCUUCCUUCCAUAGAUCUCGUCGAUCCAGGAGUUCGAUAACAAUGUCUGGCGAUAGCUCGAACAUAAGAGUCCCGCACGUGCUAACCGUCGCAGGCUCGGAUCCCAGCGCCGGUGCUGGAAUCCAGGCGGACCUCAAGGCCUGCGCGUCUAGGGGAGUCUACUGCUCCACGGUUAUCACCGCCGUUACUGCUCAGAAUACGGUGGGAGUUCAGGGUGUACACAUUGUGCCAGAAGAGUUCUUGGCGGAUCAGCUGAGGUCAGUUCUAUCUGAUAUGCAUCCGGAUGUUGUAAGUGUGUCCGACUCAAUUUCGUUCUUAAUGAAUCUCGAGAAGACAACCUGAUAUUUAUGUUCAGUACUUAUUGAUAAA